GAAGUCAGGUUGUUCAACAUCUGAUUAGAGUUAAUCAGUAACCCGCCGGCGUACUACCGGCCACUUCAGCAAACAUAUUACGUGCUGAGGACGGCGUUAUCAGUACACGCGUCGGUCACAGGUUGCCCAUUUCUAUACUAAUAAUCCAGCUAGUACUCCCCGACAUUGCACUUUAACCGGGUACCACUAUUUCACGAGAGAUGCAGUCAUGGGCAUGUGACACGAGAGACGCGUUGAGAAGAAAAAUGGCGAACAGUGCCAAACCGGCGUCUCGGACGACGUUAAGAGGCUGUGUGUUUCUCUGUGUGGUAUGGCUGACUGUGGGCGCCGCCAAGGGACAGACACCUCAGAAAUUGGACUGCAAGAAGGCGGGGCCGUGCACCUGUAACAGCGCCAACGGAGUGAUCGACUUGACGCCUCUAGCUAACUCGGACAACACACCGCGUUUCAAGGAUGUACCUGGAGGCGGGGAUUCAUUUUCCUGGAAUCCGUGCAAUCCGUUUGACGAAGGAAGUGGGUGUGCCAAAGUCUCGGCAUGUCAGAAUCAUGCUGGCACGGACGACUACCCAAUAGGGUUGCAAGAGUCAGCGGAAUUUAUAAACGAUCCCACACGAGGCCUUGAAAUCCAUUAUACUGCAACAACGGGUUUCACCCAAAGGGAGUCAUUCGUUCAGCUUAUUUGUGAUAUGGGCACUGAAGGCUCGCUGACUGCCAAAGGAGAAGAUCCUGCUGGUUCGGCACAGUAUUACAUGACGUUAACGAGCAAGUACGCAUGCCCAGGAGUGUCCGGCGGUGGUAUUAGUGCAGGCAGUGUACUGCUCAUCGUUUUCUUCAGUUUAGUAGUCGUAUACAUUUUAGCUGGCAUGGCCGUUAUGAAGUUCGGCAAAGGUGCAGCAGGGAGAGAACUCAUUCCCAAUUAUAGCUUUUGGAAAGGUCUCCCGUUUUUGAUACGGGAUGGCAUUAUGUUUGUAGUAGGAGGAUGCAAGCCAAAGAAAGGGUACGACUCCAUAUAGAAUCUGAACAUUUUGGACAAAAUUGAUGAAAAAUUAUAGCAAUAAGUGAAAAAGGAGCCAGAAUUGUCUACAUCAGUCUGUAAGUGCAAGCAAAUAUAAGGAAAUGAUCACUGAAGAUCACAAGAAACAGCAACAAUGUAUGGAACUGUCUCAGUUGUUGCCAUGGAAGCAUACGUUGCCAUGGGAAUCUUGAACGGAGAAGACAAUGUAGUAGACGGUUUUGUUAUUAUAUCUGAUAUCAGGGACUAUCGUGAACGUUUUGACAUUAGGAUACAAUACAAUCAAUACACUUUAUUGUGAAAUUUUACAGAUUUCUGCAGGCCUUUUUGUACAUAGGGUUCAAAGGGAGUUUCCACUUUUUGGCAAUUCCUAGUAAAUCCCACAUUGCUUUCUUUUGAAUGCCCAUCAGUAUCAGUACAAAUCACUUUAGUACAGGAGGAUAAAACUCAACUGUGGUGUAUUUUCUCUUAAUAUUUCAAAAGGGGCUCCAGAAAAUGUCUAUUGUAAUAAAAUGUCUCAGUACCCAAGUGAAAAAAUCUAAUAACUUAGACUAGGAAAACAGUAUGAGCUCAGUGACGCCUUAAAAUGGUUUUCUUUGUGACAAAUCUACAUUCUAGUGACAGAAUAAACAUGUUUUUAUAACAAUCAUUUAUUUUAUCAUGUGCUUGCAUCUGAUCAUCUGGAAAUUGUACACAGACAUAAGACAAUGUAACAAUAUAAUACUUCAUAUUUUGAAGAGAAAUAAGAAGAGAUGUUGGAUUAUCACUGCUUUUAUCUCCGGCAUACUUAUAUUAAUAAGUUAAUGAUUUUAGUUGGGGCAAUGUGCAAAAAGCAUUUUUCCUUCUUUACAAUCAAACUGCAGAUAUACAGAAAGAAAGAAAAUAUUAAUUCUCUUUUAUAUUUAUACAGCUUCAAUUAAAUGCUGAAAGAGGAAAAAUUCUUCUACAUCUUACUAACACAUGAGUUUUUCUUCACACUCACAUAUUCCACUCUUCUUUUUCAGUAUGUUUUCACAAUCCCAUCACAAAAGCUUAAAGUGCAUUAAAGGGAAUGCACAAGGGAUUAUGACGGAUAAGUACUUUGGACCUAUCUUUCCUUGGGUCAUCCAAAAUUUCCGAACUCCAAACUCAAAAUUGCCUUUCAACCAUAUUUGAGAGCCACCAUUUUCCUUCACUCUGCUAAAAGAAAGAGUAACUGUUACAGGCUGCAGUAAAUUCAACACUAUAAAAUGAAAAUGAUGUCAUCAGGCAUUUGUGUAUGUCAUCUAAAACAAACAAUAAAGCUUCAAGACAAUGACGUUUUCAUAUAAAAUGCUUUAAGGUACCAUGCACAAAAGCAGUAUUGUCAGACUUCUAUGUCAACUCUUGAUACACAUGACACAUUUGAUGUCAUAGUAUUUAACACUUUAAGAGUUUCUAGAAAGUCAUUUGCAUUUUUAAAAAUUCUCACUAUUGCACAUGAUCAAAACCAUGCCUCCGUAACACAGCACGUGUACGAGCACAUGCUGUAGAUUCUGGCAGGAACACUUCUAAGAGUGACUUCUCCUGUUGCUUACACCUUUAAUAUCAUCAUGACAAUUUUAGUGUAUAUAGCACUCUAUCCCUCAACACCCUGCUGUCACUAGGAAUUAACAAG